AUGUCUUCCAGUAAAAGCAGCAAAGGUUCCAAACCAUCUCGGAUCACAGUGGCCUGUAAUUCCUGCCGGUCCCGUAAGCAGAAAUGCAGCGGCAACAAGCCGAUAUGUACUCAAUGCAUCCAAUCCCAUCGGCAGUGUGACUGGCCUGAACAGCUCAAACGAGGACCCGCAAAGGGAUAUAUUGAAGCGCUCGAACAUCGUCUGCAUGAGACGGAACAGAUACUGUUGAGAUUGCUGGCUCACAUGACUGACAAGCAGUUAUCGACUGCUCUUGAACGGGACCAGUCACCCUUUUUGCGUUCCGCGAAGAACGACGCUCAAUAUUGGAGACGAUAUCCAUUGCGCACGGCUCGUGAUCUUCGAAAGUGGCAGCAAGAUUGUUUGGCAGAAACAAGAGUGGCUGGCCCUGCUGUGACGUCGCCGUCGAGACGCACCGACGUUUCUGCACAACCGGAAGUCGAACCUGACGAAAAUGGUCCAGCGCCGGAGAGUCAGCAAACAGAGCACCCUGUACCUCAUUUUGAACAGGCUACAAGUGCAUGCGAACUGGGACUGAAAUCCACUCAAGCGGACCACAGUAAGGGCAUUAAUCAACUGUUGGCAUGGAAGAAAGGUUACGACUCGUUUAAUGAGUUGAGAAAAUCGCCAACAGCAAGCGGAUCCAUCUAUAUACCCUCAUUGGAGCGUACCCGGUCAGAAGAUACUCAGCCCUUACACGCUGGGACGCCCCCGGGACCAAGCCUCUGGAGUGAAGCGCCCUCGGUAGCUUUCCAGCGACAAUUUCUCUGGUAG